AUCACUUACGCCUGAUGCAGCAGCGCCUGUCGCGGGCUCCGUGGGUCAUACAAGACGCCCCGCGUGCGCAAGCACUCUAGGCUCGGGACGCACUCUUCCCCAGUUAACUCAGCUCCGCGCCCAUAAGCUUUCCAAUACAGCAGCGCCGCGGUCCAUGCCCAGGCCGGCCCAGGAAGCGCCUUGCUUGCGGGCCUGAACGCGGUCGGCGCGGAGGAGCAGCGCCCAUACAUAUGUUAUGUUGAACCCCUGCUGAAUUUCAUUUGUCAACUGCAUAGGAUGGUCCGUGGGCCAGGGCUUUGGCGCCAACUUGACUGCCCCAGCGCCGCUGCCUGCCUAUUAGCUUCUGUGCUGUUAGUCGUAAUGAAGUGGUGGCUGUGUUUAUCCCGGCUGCACAGAAUCUGAAAGGCAGGGCCAGUCCAGCACAGGGGCAAAGAAACUUGCGCUACCAGCAACCGCAACUAGCACGCAUAAGCAGGUUUGGAAAGCUAGCAGUCUGUGUAGCAAGAAGACAGCAGCUAUGGGCUGUAGCUCUGCGGAAUGGGGAACUGGCCUUUUCCCAUUGCCAAGUGUUGGCAAGUUGCAGUCCCUCUCUAAACCCAGGCUACUAAAACAAUUUGGUACUGGCGCAAAGACUUACACGCACAUCACGUACCAUAAGAUUCCUACAGCCUGUCUGUUCCCAAACCAGCGCGCUUGCACAGUUCCCUCCGGGCACACUCUCUUUCUGUGUACCCGGUGCCCAAAGGCUAAUACAGUAUGGCAGUAGCAAUGGAGCGUCACGAGACUUGUAAUGUGUCGCAGCCCGGGGCGCAGAGCGGGCCUUUCGCCACCUGCUCUCCUGAGUCGCUACUGGCGACUCGCCCCGCCAGCCCUGAUGGCUUCACCAUCGUCACCAUGGGCCAGCCUGAUGUGGAAACCUACAAGGCGGCCGCCAAGCGCUUUGAGGACGAGGUUGCGGACAUCAUUGCUGUGUCAUCGCGGGAGUACACCGGCCUGUUCCCAAUCGCGCCCAGGGGAACAGGCAAGGCCUCCCGUUUCGGAAUCAGUCUGAUCCCCAUCGACGGUGGCAGUCCGGCUGCGGCGGCACUCUCCUCGCCGCGGCGCAUGCGGCGGCUUGAGGGGCUGAGUGGUGGUGUCGGAAGCCCCGAGCGCCCCUGCUCGGGCGGCGCCGACUCACCAAGGCCCGGGCUUGUGUCGCGCCUCACCCUGAGCCCCGCCGCCGUCAUGCCCGCUGUCGGAGAGGUGGCGGAGGAGGCGGCGGAGGAGGAGGUCGAGGAGGAGGAGGUCGAGGAGGAGGACGAGGAGGUGGACGAGGAGGAGGAGGAGGUGCUGGAGGAGGAGCAGGCGCGGUCGCAGCGGCCGUGGACGGGGCCGUGUGUGCCCCUCUACGCGCGCUACCACACAAGUGUGCCGCCGCCCAUGCCUAGCGCACGACUGCUCAUCGCCGCUUCCAGCCGCCGCGAUAAGCCGGCCGUGGAGGCGCAGCAGCAGGAGCAGGCGGAGGAGCAGGAGCAGGAGCAGGCGGAGGAGCAGGAGCAGGCGGAGGAGGAGGCGCAAGACGAGGUGGAGGAUGUGGAGGCACAGCCGCAGCUGCCGUGGGCGGGGCCGUGUGUGCCCAUGUACGCGCGCUACCACACCAGCGCACCGCCGCCGCAGCCCACAGCCCUUCUGGCGCUGCUGCGCGCUCGGCGUGUGCAGCAGUUCACGCAGUUGCUCCGCCAGUGGGGGCUGGUGGUGGUGGCAUGAGAGAUGAGAAGAGAUAGGCUGAGAGGUUGCGGACAGUUGUGCGGAGGCUGAGGCUGGGGCUGGUGGGGGCUGUGGAGGGCGGAAGUGGACAAGGAGAUGGGGUGCGUAUGUCGUGACGAUACUGGAGACGCUUGCGUAGAUGUUUGCAACUUGCUUUGCUCGUGAUCAAGGAAAUGGAGAGUGGUACGGACAGGGGGGGGGUAAGAAUGCCGCAGACAUACCCCACCCUUCAAAUUGAAAGAGCUUGACGAGAGCGUUCAGAAUCCGCUUUCAGAAUUUUGAUCAGGGUAGUACUUGCGGAGAUAUGGGCCCCCAAAGUUCAGGGUCGGUCGUCGGUCCCCCUGGUCCCCAAGGUUUCGUCACGGUGUGCCGGAAACUUUCGUCUGGGCCUCAUAAGACAGCCGGGUAAGCCCAGACCGUUGCCCAAAGCAUGUAAUGGAUGCUUUUUACGGCUGGGAAACGUCAGGAGCCUACCAGAAGACGAAGGGCUACCGCCCGUCAACACAUGUUGGGUUGGGAUGUUGGGGUGCGACUUGUCUCGCCUGACCAGAACGUGCCACAAGUCGCGGACCGGUGCUUGCGCGCCGGAGGAAAACGCACGUGUAUGUCCCAUGCGUAGGUAAGUCUCGUAAGCGUGCUUUACACGGGUGCAAGUGAACGGCCGCAAGAUGUUCACAACAUGUCGACAACAUGGCUGUGGUCAAGACGCGCCCGACGAACUUUCCGUGUUUGCAUGCUAAUAGAGCUCGCUGAAAGCAGUCGUUUGACACCAUCCUGGAAGAAAACAGAGUGGGUUUUGGGGGUGUACGGCACGGUACGGCACGGUCGGUCGUCGGUCAGGGGGGGUCGGGAGGUUUUGCGGGGUGGGGUCUGGAACUAUUGUUCGUACCCCCCCCCUGGUACGGAACUGCAUUAAACGUGAUUGACGGCAUGGAUGUGACCAGGUACGGUGCGAUAGUACGUUAUGUAUGUGUGAAGCGGGCUCGAAGUGUACAACAUGACCUGGGUAUCGGUGAUCCAAGCAAAUGGCGAUGCGAGGUGUAUGUGAUACGUGAAAGAGACUGGGGACCUGAGCCCAGGGGCAGGUUGGACUGGCUCAGUGCGAACGAGCGUGCGAAUGAAUGCCGAAGAGAGGGCAUGUGCCCAAAUGCCAUGUAAUGUCACAGUGUU